GGCACACCGCAUUCCGACACCGACCGCUGGCACGCAAACAACUCUCGCGCUCUGCGUUCAGUUCUAUUGCUACUGCCGUUGCUGCUGCUGUUGCUGCUGUCGUCGACGAUCGAUCACGAUAAUAAUAUUAUAUUAUUAUUAUUGUUGUUGUUGUGAUUAUUAUAACACGGUUUUUAAAUUUUUGUUGUCUUGAAAAUUCUCGUAAACCGUUCAGUGCGAUUUCGUUUUGGAUUUACGAAAGUCCGUUUAUCGAUAUUUUAUUGAUACUUACGUUCAUUUCCGCGUGUGUUUCGUAUACCGACCGCCAACAAUCAUGUCUUCGGUCGCCACUGAAAUGCAACAACCCGUCUCCAGGACUUACCAGUACAGAAAGGUCAUGAAACCAAUGUUGGAACGCAAACGCCGCGCCCGCAUCAACCGGUGCUUGGACGAGCUCAAGGAAUUGAUGGUGGUCGCCCUUCAGUCCGAGGGCGAGAACGUCAGCAAACUGGAAAAGGCCGACAUACUCGAACUAACGGUCCGGCACUUGCACAAGCUGCGCCGCCAACAACGGCUCUCCGGCAACCCGGUAACCGAGAUGGACCGAUUCCGUGCAGGAUACACGCGCUGCGCCUCCGAGGUGUCCCGGUGCCUGGCCGCCACUCCCGGCCUUGACGUCACCCUGGGCGCCAACCUCAUGACACACCUGGGCCACCGACUCAACUCCAUCCAACCGACCGGACCGGCGGCGGCCGUGACCACAUCGCCGGCCACGCCGUUGACGCUAAACACCGACUCGUCCUCGUCGUCGGUGUCCUCGUCGUCCUCGUCCUCGGCGUCGUCGUCCGCGUCGUCGUCGUGCUCGUCACCACCGCCACCCCCGUCGCCUACCGGCAGCACCACCUCGUCGUAUCCGAUGCCACUGACGCCCAACUCGAUGGUGGGCACCGGAUGCACCACGGACUCCACUUCCGCGGGACUCCUGCAAGUCAUCGACAUGUCCCUGAAAAAUGACAACGCCUCCGUGUGGAGACCUUGGUAAAUUAUUGAUCACCGUGUAAUCCAAACACACACUCGCACACAUGCGUGCGUCCGCGACAUUACCAAUUAUUAUAGAUUAUUAUUAUUUGUCUCUCGAUUUGAUAUUAUUAUAUUUUUUAAUUUUUUUUUUUUUUUUUGUUAUUGCUUUCACUUUAUAUUGUAUCGUUUUCUUGUUAAGUGUUAUACAUUCUCCGGAAAAAUCAACCAAACUCCUGUAUAACGGGACGUGGACGCAAACGGGUUUUAUCGAACUUUUUACGCUUAUAUGAACGAAAAGAAUUUAACCUCCUAUGUACGCUAUAUUACGAUAAUAUUAUUAUCUAUUUUGUGUAGUUUUUGAUAAAUUAUUAUAAGGCAUUUUUUUAUUCGCACG